CGGGCCCUCUUCACCCUGCGGAACUUGGGCGGCCGCGCGGCCGUGGAGUGGAUCAGCCGCGCCUUUGGAGACGGCUCGGCGCUACUGAAGCACGAGCUGGCCUUUUGCCUCGGCCAGAUGCAAGCCGAGGCGGCCAUCCCGGUGCUCAUCCGCGUGCUGGAGGAUACGGCUCAGGAGCCCAUGGUCAGGCACGAAGCAGGUGAAGCUCUGGGCGCUAUCGGGAACCCUGAUGUGCUGGAUAUCCUGAAACGCUAUUCCCAGGAUCCUGUGGUCGAGGUGGCAGAAACGUGUCAGCUGGCUGUGAGGAGGCUGGAGUGGCUGCAGAACAACAAGGAGAAGCCAGGCACCAGCCCAUACCUCUCCGUAGAUCCUGCUCCCCCCGCUGAGGAGACGGAUGUUGCCAAGCUCCGGGAGAUCCUCCUGGAUGAGUCCCAGGAGCUCUUUGAUCGUUACCGGGCCAUGUUUGCCCUGCGGAACAUUGGGGGCCAGGCUGCUGUGCUGGCACUGGCAGAAGGGCUGCAUUGCGGCAGCGCGCUGUUCCGCCAUGAGAUCGGGUACGUGCUGGGGCAGCUGCAGGACGAGGCGUGUGUCCCUCAGCUGACGGCCGCGCUGCACAGCCGCACCGAGAGCCCCAUGGUGCGGCACGAGUGCGCUGAGGCUCUGGGCUCCAUCGCCCGGCCCUCCUGCCUGCGGGCCCUGCGCGCCUUCGCCAGCGACGAGGAGCGCGUGGUGCGCGAGAGCUGCCAGGUGGCCCUGGACAUGUACGAGUAUGAAAACGGCACCCAGUUCCAGUACGCCGAUGGGCUCUGCAAGCUGCAGGCCUCCUCCUGAGCCUGGACUGGGGGCACUGAGGUGGGUGUCCUACCUCACAGCCUCUCCUGCUGCCAACGGUGCUUUCACGGCCACCUCUGUCAGCAUGGAUCUGUGCCUUGCCAGGCAGAGCUGGAGGAGGGACUGGGUUUUCUCCCUGGCACAAUUACAACCACCUUUUGCCUCCAAAUCCAGGCUGAGCUGCUACUUGCCUCCACAUCGCUCCUUGCCAGCCACUGUUUCCGGGAUCUGCCCCUUUUCCCUGCCAGGAUCAGCACUGCCUGCCUGCAGCAUGGCUUGGGGCUUGGACCAGGUGGGCUCUGCUUGGCACGUCAGAACCUGCUCCAGCUCUGCAGGGCUUGGGCCUGCCCUGGGUUGGUGCUGCUAAGUCUGCAGCUCCAAUCUCCCCAGCUGAGUUUUGCUGGGAGCCAGGAUGGGCUUUGGGCACCCGCUCUUGUGGGCUAUGGUAUUAGGAUGCUUCAAAAUUGCUCUCAGUGCUGGCGCUGAGCCAGGGCCCUCCUCACCCCCACAGUGGGUUUGGUUUCUCCUGUUGGGACAAGCUGGAGCUGAGCCUGUGGUAGCCUCUGCCUGAGGAUGGGGUUUGUUUCAUGACAAAGUUGGGAAAAUGGCUGGGUUUUUCCUGCAGGGAAGAAAAAAAGGUUUUUUUCUGCUGCCAUGAGGGUGGGCAGGGUGAGACGGAGCUUGCCUGGGCCUUCCCCCAUGUUUAACCAGGGCCAGGAGGGCUGAGGCUGCUGCUGGCACCCAAAUCCCUCAGCCAGCCCGGCCUGGGCACUGGGGUUUCGGGUUUGGCAGGGAAUAAAGCACUGGCACAGGAA